UCAUGAUUAUGUCCUUGUUCUGCCUCUCUCUUGUUCUCUCAAACAUAUAUAUAACAUAAUUAACAAUCCCAUCUCUUAGUGUCCUCGUUUAAGUACAUAUAAGAAGGGGAUUGUGUCUUUUGAUUUGGUUUAGUUGUUCUUGUUGUUUGGUUAUUCUUCUCAUUCAUUCUUUCCAAGUCUCCUCCUUUUGUGGUGUGUACAUAAUAUAAUUGCAACCUUUUUUCUGCUACCUUUUGAGUUGGGUUUUUCAGUUUUUCUGGUUAUAGAUGGCGCAAUUACCUCCCAAAAUCCCAAAUUGGCCUGAUUUUUCUCACCAAAGAAUACCUUCAAUGGGUGCAUUACCACCACCCAAUAAUGCAACCACCACCACUAAAACCGCCGCACAAAACCCUUCAUGGGUGGACGAAUUCCUCGACUUCUCGUCGGUGAGACGCGGGACCCACCGACGAUCCGCCAGCGACUCCAUUGCCUUCCUUGAGUCUCCAAUGCUAGACGAAUGUCGCCGGAACGGUACACCAUAUCAUCCUCCGGCGGGGAAUUCUAAUCAGAAUAAUCAUCAUGAGUUUGAUAAAUUUGAUGAUGAUCAGUUCAUGUCAAUGUUCAACGAUGAUUUAUCCAGCGCUGUGGCCCCCACUAUGUCGUCGUCGAACCCGUCCUCACCGUCUGAUCGGGAUAGUAUUAAUGAUGAGAAGGAAACCACACCGUCCGAUCGGAAGCACCAAAUAAGGCAUGAAUCCGAUGAGGUGCAAAGCCAAGAGGAGUCCGAGACACUGGGGUUCGCGAAUAAUUCCACACCAGGUCCAGGAGCUACUCCAACUUCUUCAAAUGAUCGAAUUUUCGACCCUAAAAGAGUCAAGAGAAUCUUGGCAAAUAGACAGUCUGCACAAAGGUCACGGGUGAGGAAGCUACAAUAUAUAUCAGAACUUGAACGAAGUGUAACAUCAUUACAAGCUGAAGUUUCAGUUUUGUCACCAAGAGUUGCAUUUUUGGAUCAUCAACGAUUGCUUCUGAAUGUUGAUAAUGGAGCUCUUAAGCAAAGAAUGGCUGCCUUGGCUCAAGAUAAGAUCUUCAAAGAUGCUCAUCAAGAAGCACUGAAGAGGGAAAUAGAGAGACUGAGGCAGGUUUACCACCAACAGAACCUCAAGAAGAUAGAAAAUGGAGCACCAUCAACUGAAUCCAACCCUCAUAAUACUAAUCAGAAAGAUCAACAGCUUCUCCAAGUUUGACUCCAAUCCGAUGAAUAAUAUUCUCUAAAGUUGAACAAUGAAUAAUAUGAUUAAUGAAGUAGCUAGAGAUGGGGGCUUAAAUCAAAAUUUUAUUUUAACAUGAAAAUCUUUGAAAAGCUUCAAUCUUUUUUCAUGGCAUGCUCAUUUCAGGUUUUGGGUAUCCAGAAUUUUAGAUUUUUAUUUAUUUAUUAGUCAAGAAGUUAUUGAUGAAUAUACAUAUUCAUCGGAAAGGAGUCACAUGCGUUAAGGGCUCGUACAGUAGAAGUCACUGCAAUUUUUCUGUAAUUUUAAUCACAGAUGUCCAAUCUAUUCAUUAAUGUAGCUGUGUGGAGCUCACUCCAAUGACUUCUACUGCAGCAUCAUCGUCUCGUCAUAUAUAUUCAUGUUAAAGAAACCAAUGGUGUGGCUCUCUUAGACUCUGUACAGCUGUAGAACAUGUGGCAUUCACGUGAUGUGUUGCAUCUGAUAAUGAGGGAGGACCACUCAAGAUUGAGAAGAUUGGAUUGCAGAGCAAGAACAUGUGUAACUGAGUGGAUGUCAUAGAAGAAACAAAAAAAAAUAAUUAGGGUUUUCGGUUGUGUUUGCUUUUAACAGAUUGAUUUUAUGGAGGCUUGUGAAGUUUGAUUCUUUUAACAUGUUUUUUAGUGGGUUUGUAUUGGAUUGUCUGAAAGAAGGGGUGGUGGUUGUCAGGGACAGUGUGUCUGGUUCUGGUACUUUUGAUUGUCCCAUUGUUGU